CGACCGGUAAAACAACAGCCUGCGGAGGAGUCUUGAUUAAUAAACGGUACGUGGUAACAGCCAGCCACUGCAUCAAGGGAAAAGACCUACCGUUAACUUGGAGACUGACCCACGUGCGACUGGGUGAAUACAACACAGAUACAGAUCCUGACUGCAUCGCCGAUAGUACUACCUCGGAGAUCUGUGCACCACCCCUAAUGACAGUCGGAAUUGAGCAAAUAAUUGUGCAUGAAAAUUAUCAGGCUCUGGAUAGAAAUCAAUUGAACGACAUAGCCCUAUUGAGACUAUCUAGAGAUAUAGAAUUUACCGAUUAUAUCAAGCCCAUCUGCCUUCCUAAAACACAUGACGUUCCCUCAAGACUAUGGGUCGCAGGCUGGGGAAAAACCGAAUUCAGGAGUUCCUCGACGAUUAAACUGAAACUAUCUAUUCCAAUUACUCAGCGGGAUACCUGCAUGAAUCGAUACGGAAAUGCUGGAAUUAAACUUGCAGGCAGUCAGAUCUGCGCUGGCGGUCAGAGAGGAAAAGACUCAUGCAGAGGAGAUUCUGGAGGUCCGUUGAUGAGUGUGGAGAGAGCUGGUGAUGGCUCUGGAAAGUGGACGGCUGUGGGCAUUGUCUCUUUUGGACCUUCUCCCUGUGGGAUGGAAGGGUGGCCCGGAGUUUACACUAAGGUUGCUUCGUUUACAGAUUGGAUCAUUAAGAACAUGCGUCCUUAAUGGGAGAGGAUUAUGUCAGUUGAGGUUAUUCUGGGUUAAGAAAAAUUGAACAAAUCAGCUGUGAUAGAUUGUGUCGGGUCGUGGGUUAAAAGAACUUACAUUUACAAAUUAACCAAACUUUUUAUUGAAGAGAUAAAAUACAUUUACUGCUUCUCCAAUUAAAGGUUUACUCUCUCAUGGUUUCAAUUAUCAUGCUAUUUGGAAUUAUUCCCAUUUUUGCUUUCGAGGUUUCAGAGAUACUAUGGGCUGAAAGCUUGUGGAGGGAGCAAGGUACAAGGUCUUUGAUUCGCUAAUUGAAUGGUAAGGUUGAGAUGUUUCUUUGUGAGGGCUUUAAGUGUGGAUGCAGUGGGAAAGUUUCGGUUUAUGGUUGUGAAGGGUCUAAGCUAUUUGGAGAGUAUCGAAGAGAAAUUGAAAAAGAUUUUUCUUGAAACAAUAUGAAAUAUUUGGUCGCGAAAAGUUCUUCAGAAUAAAGUUGCCUGAAUGUUCAUUUGUGGAAAAUUAUAAAAUUAUGGAGAUGCUGUGUAUGCAAGAGCGCCCUUUCCAAAAUUGGAAGCCUGAGUGUACAAUUGAUUAAAACCAUAUCAUAAUUGUUCAGUUUGAAUAACUAAGGAGUUUUACUUAUUUAUGAAUGAAUGUUAUUAGUAACGUUAUUAAUGUUAUUAAUAAUUUUAAAACUAGUUUAAAUGAAUUUUAAUAUAACAAGGUUGUUUGUGGUUAAAAAUAUAAUUAGACUGUUUACUUUACAAUGAUUUAGUGUGUAUAAUGUUGAUAACAUUGGCACCGUGUCUUCCGUUUCAGAUUCAUUGCUACUCAAAGUAUUCAAAAAUGUGGUAAGAUCAUGCGCGCCUUUCUAGUUGACGUAAGGGAUUCGAAAUAUAAAUUUAAAAUAUAAAGUGUAGCAAAGAAAAUUCUCGAUAAUUAAUUUAAUUAUCCUUGUCAUGGUAAUCCAGGAUAAGCAGAAUAAGCAACAGCUACACUUGAUGAUAAUUCGUGAUAUAAUAUUCGUGACUGAUUGUUCUGUUCAGAAAUACUUAAAUCCAUUCAUCUCUUCGAGAGCGCAUUGUCUGUAGUUGUGCGAACAUGUGUUGUCCUUUGUUUGGGGGCGCUAUUCGAGACAUUUACCCGUAGGAGAUUUAUUAAGGACUAUCUCACUUGCACUACGCUUUUGCUGGUGUGCCGCAGGCCGAAUGAAGGAUCCGCAGUUAUACAAUGGUGUUAAACUGGAGUGUGUGUUCAAUAUUACUAAUUGUAGUUUCCAACUACAUCUCUCUACUGAGGUGAUGCUUGAGUAAAAGAUGCAUAAUUCGAUACUCUCUUCCUUUUUGUGGGAUGAAUUGAGGACACGGACACAUGUUGGUAUCCCCCCAAAAACAAAAACAAAAAAUGUUUUUGUAAAAAAAUGCGUCAAGCACAUAUUUCGAUGUUAUUCAUUUGAAAAAAAAAUUGGAAAAAAA